AACAACAUCAAAGGUUACAUCGAACACGCAAAGUCGAACAGCGAUCUGAGCAUCGUUUAUGGUGGAGAGUGUGAUGACAGUGUCGGGUAUUAUGUGUAUCCCACGCUGGUUGAGACCAAGGAUCCACGCAGCAAACUGAUGGUGGAGGAAAUUUUUGGUCCAGUGAUCACGACGUAUGUUUACCCGGACGAUAAAGUAGAGGAGACGCUGAAAUUGGUGAAUGAGACGUCGCCGUUUGGUCUGACUGGUGCCAUAUAUUCCAAGGACAGUUAUUUCCUUCAUCAUGCAGCAUCUGUUCUUCGUCACUCGGCAGGUAACAUGUACUUCAAUGACAAGUCAACCGGCUCUGUAGUCGGACAGCAACCGUUCGGCGGUGGCCGACUGUCAGGUACGAACGACAAAACAGGCACCAAAGUCCUCCUCCAGAGGUACGUAUCCCCCUUAGCCAUAAAGGAGCAGUUCCAACCUCUCACGCGUUGGGACUACCCAUUGAUGGCCAAGUGACGAAACACCAACAA